AUGUUGCAGUUCUAUCAAGUUUUACCAGAUGACGUGGAUGUUGCUGUCUUACAGGAGCCACACUUUGCAAAACUGGAUGUGGAGGAGCUGUUCAUCUCUUUGAUCUCAGGUGAAUCGCCGCUCUUCUUUGACUUAAAACCCUUCCGGGGGGCGGGACCAGGACCGCGGCGGCAGGGCAGAGGGGCGCGGCUUCCGGCUCAACCCGCGCGCUCCGCGGGGCGUGCAUCCUGGAGGGCCGCCCGCAGGUGGCGGCGCAGGCCGGCGGGCGGGCGGGGCGGUAGAAGGGGAGGGCUCGGCGCGCGUCGGGCGGUGACGGCAGCGCGGAGGGGAGGUGCGAGCCGCCUGCCCGCGGGGGAGCCAUGGCGAGAGGCCGCGCCGCGGCGCCCGCAUCAGUGCCCGCGUCUGCAGCAGCGCCCCCGCCCGCCGCCCCGGGGCCCACCCCGCCGCCGUGCCCGCGCGCCCCGAGCCCGUGACGCCCGCGCGCCACGAGUGAGGCGCCCCCGGAGAGGGGCUGCGCGCGGGAGGGAGCGCGGGGCAGCCGGAGCACCUAGACGACCCCCGCGUCCCGGAACCGCGGACCCCGAGCUCUCGAGCGCCAAGUCGGCGGCGAGCAGCAGGAGGAGGGGGCGCCGAAGCCGAACCCAGCCGCGUGCACCCCUGUGCCGCCCGGCCGGCAGCUGCGGAGGGAACCUGAGCCGCCGGGCGGCCGGGGCCGGGCCGAGGACAACGAAGAGGAGGCGGCCGACAGAACCAAGCGUCCGGAGAGCCCCGCGCGGGAGGCCCCCGGGACCGCGCCUGCGACGGGGCCGCGCUCCGUGCGCCUCUCUCGGGUUUCCUGUAAGGAGCCCCUGCUGGUACACCACACCUACCCGGGGCUGUCCACCUGACUGCCCCAGACUCCGGCAGCGGGGCCCCUGAUGGCAGUGGGCACCUUCCCGUGAAACCUGCCAAGCUGGACGCCACAGCUCCG